AAAAAAAAAAAAGAAUAAAUGGAAAGGAUGAAAGAAACCAAGAAGGACUGUUCUUUACUUCCUUUUAAUUUCACUUUAAUCCCUUCAUCAAUCAGUUAUUAUUAUUCUUUUGUUUUCUUCUCUCCUAAUUAUCAUUAUUAUUGGUAUUGGCUACACCUCUCUUUCUCUCUCUGUAUCUAUAAAUGUUAUCCAUCAUGUUAUUCGCUCGAUUUUACCUCAAAUUCUCUCUCUUGGUUUCUUCGGUCUCACGGCUGUGUUAGGGAGAGAAAAAUCUUGCAGUUUUAGAGAGAAAGAGAGGGGGAAAGUUUGUGUAUUUGUGAUUUUUUACGAAGCCCUAGAAUUUUUGUGAGCUGUGAUUGAUUUUGCAAUGGAGGCUGGUUCGGAAGAGGAAGAGAACAAUAGAAUCAGCGGCGGAAGUCCUUCUGAGGCUCCGAAGAAGCCCAAACGCCAGAUGAAAACGCCGUUCCAAUUGGAAACCCUAGAAGAAACCUAUGCAAUGGAGACGUACCCAUCGGAGGUAACGCGGGUCGAGCUAUCAGAGAAAUUGGGGUUAACAGACCGGCAAUUGCAGAUGUGGUUUUGUCAUAGAAGGUUGAAGGACAAGAAGGAGAGAGAGGCAAUGGCAAUGAAGCCGCAAGCUUCUGGGAUGGUAGGGAAGAAGGGGUUGUGGGACACUCCCAUAGGUGAGCUGGGGGUGACUGAGCCGGGUAGUGAUCACAGCUCAGGCUCUGGCUCGCACUCGGGCUCGGGGUCGAGGUCGGGGUCUGGUUCAGGUUCAAGGCCGAGUCAGUUUGAUUAUGGUGAUGAUUUGCUAAACGUGCCACAGAGGUACCCUGAGCCAAUUGAUUAUGGGGAAAAUGUGCCAAUGGUGCCAAAGAGGUAUAAUGAGCCUCUUUAUUACGGGGAUGAUUUACCAGUGGUGACAAAGAGGUACCAUGAGUUGCCACAUUACGGAAUCCGUAGGGUGAUUGCUUGUGUGGAAGAGCAAUUGGGGGAGCCAAUAAGAAAAGAUGGGCCAAUUCUUGGGAUGGAGUUUGAUGAACCACCACCUGGUGCGUUUGGGGCUCCUAUAGUGAUGGCAGAGCAUCAGCGCCAGUCUGGGCAUUCUUAUGACGGCAAAUUAUUCCAGCAAUAUGAUGCCAAGCCAAUCAAAGCUGCAAUGAGUGGUCUCCGUGAACCUGCUGAGCCCAGUAUAAGAUCUGAUGCCUAUGGACGAGCUGCCCCAUCUUACUUAAAUGAUUCGGCUAUUGAUGGCCCUAGUUCCAAAACUUUACCAUAUUUGCAAGGAAAUGGGGAAGUGUCAAGGGGAUAUGGUGUCCAAGAUCAGGUAUUAAGUGUGAGUCCAUUGUCUCAACAAAGCAAGCAGGGAUUAUUUUCAUCUUCUCCAAUGAAUAAUGACUCUCUUCCACAUAAUGAAGAUGUUUUUCGGAUGGAAAGGAAGCGCAAGAGUGAUGAUGGUAGAAUUGGAAAAGAAGUUCAAGCUCCUGAGAAAAGGAUCCAGAAAGAGCUAGAGAAACAAGAUCUUUUGAGGCGAAAGAGAGAGGAGCAAAUGAGGAAAGAAAUCGAGAAACAAGACCGUGAAAGGCAGAAAGAAGAGCAGAGGAUGAUCCGAGAAAAGCGGCGGAUGGAGGAGAGAUGUCAGCGGGAGGAAAGACGUGAAAUAGAACGGAGGGAAAAGUUUUUGCAGAAGGAGCUUUUGAAGGCUGAGAGAAGCAGACAGAAAGAAGAGCUUCGCAAAGAGAAGGAAGCAGUGAGAAUCAAAGCUGCUGUUGAGAGAGCAACAGCACGCAGAAUUGCUAAAGAAUCUAUGGAGGUAAUUGAGGAUGAGCGUUUGGAACUCAUGGAAUUGGCUGCUACAAAGAAAGGGUUACCCUCAAUUAUUUCACUCGACUAUGACACUUUGCAAAACCUUGAAGCAUUCAGAGAUUCCUUGUCUGCAUUCCCUCCUGAGUCUGUGCAAAUGAAAAAUCCAUUUGCAAUUCAACCAUGGAUUGAUUCAGAGGACAACAUUGGGAACCUUCUCAUGGUUUGGAGGUUCUGUAUAACUUUUGCUGAUGUUCUUGGUCUUUGGCCAUUUACUUUAGAUGAAUUUGUUCAAGCUCUUCAUGACUAUGAAACGAGAUUGUUGGGUGAAAUACACAUUGCUCUUCUGAAAUUGAUUAUAAAAGACAUUGAAGAUGUUGCAAGGACCCCUUCCAGUGGAUUUGGAACAAAUCAAUAUACUGCUUCCAAUCCAGAAGGUGGACAUCCUGACAUUGUUGAAGGGGCAUAUUUAUGGGGUUUUGACAUCCGUAGCUGGCAGAACCACUUGAAUCCACUGACAUGGCCUGAAAUAUUACGGCAGUUUGCACUAUCAGCGGGAUUUGGACCGCAACUGAAGAAAAAGAGUACAGAAAGGGCAUGCUUGCAUGAUAAUGAUGAGGAUAAAGGUUGUGAAGAUAUAGUUUCCAAUAUACGUAAUGGUUCAGCUGCUGAAAAUGCAGUUAUGAUCAUGCAAGGAAAAGGAUUUUCCCUUCAGCGCAGAUCCAGGCAUCGGUUGACACCUGGAACAGUCAAAUUUGCUGCUUAUCAUGUUCUUUCUCUUGAAGGAAUCAAAGGCCUAACGGUUAUAGAACUUGCAGACAAGAUUCAGAAAUCUGGACUUCGUGACCUAACAACAAGCAAGACUCCAGAGGCCUCUAUUUCUGUUGCUUUGUCAAGGGAUCCAAUACUUUUUGAAAGAAUAGCUCCUUCAACGUAUUCCGUACGUCCUGCUUUUAGAAAGGAUCCUGUCAAUGCUGAGGUAAUACUUUCAGCAGCCCGAGAGAAGAUUCAGAGGUAUGUCAAUGGGUUUGCAACUGUGGAAAAUCCUGAUGAUGUUGAAAGAGAUGACGACUCUGAAUGUGAUGUUGCUGAGGGUGCUGAAGUGGAUGAUAUGGGUACUCCAUUGAAUGCAAACAAAAAUGGUGCUAAUUGCAAUGAAGUUAGCACUUGUUCAGGGGAUGGAAAAAAUAAUAUCUCUGAGGAUGUUGCUCUAAAUCUGAAAAAUGAAUUUGAUAGUGCAGGCAUUGCUGAAAGUUAUCCUGGCCCAGAAAGUACAGAGAUUGAUGAAAGCAGAUCAGGUGAACCAUGGGUUCAAGGACUUACUGAAGGAGAAUAUUCUGAUCUGUGUGUUGACGAGCGUCUCAGUGCCCUUGUUACCUUAAUUGGUGUCGCAAAUGAAGGAAACUCGAUCCGUGCUGUUCUUGAGGAUCGUUUGGAUGCAGCCAAUGCAUUAAAAAAGCAAAUGUGGGCAGAAGCACAUCUAGAUAAAAGGCGUAUAAAAGAUGAUAGUGUAACAAAGUUCCAUGAUUCUUCGUUUACGGCUGCAGCAGAGUGCAGCCAAAGCCCAUUAACUGUUGUUGAUAAUAAAAGUUACGAGGCAUCUAUUAGCACUGCAGCGAAGGAAGAGCCUUUAACUGGGGCAGAUAAUUUUCAGAAUCACCACAACGGUUUACCUGCUGAAAAGGGCUUGGUAGUAGAUGAUACCUCCAAUGGUCAGAUUACUUCCUCAAUUCAGCAAAAUGGAUACACAGCGGAAAGGUCACGCUUGCAGUUAAAGUCUUUCAUUGGUCAGAGAGCUGAAGAGACAUUUGUAUACAGGUCCUUACCUCUGGGUCAAGAUCGAAGAUGUAAUCGUUAUUGGCAAUUUGUUGCAUCUGCUUCGAGACAUGAUCCUGGUUCUGGCAGGAUCUUUGUUGAAUCACCUGAUGGCUACUGGAGGCUUAUUGAUUCUGAAGAGGCAUUUGAUACUCUCUUGAUGUCUUUGGAUACACGUGGAAUUAGGGAAUCUCAUUUGCACUUUAUGUUGCAAAAAAUUGAGACGUCCUUUAAGGAAAAUGUUCAGAGGAACUGGCAGUGUGCUAAAGUUGUGGGCAAAGGUGGAAAUAGUGUUGGAAAUGAAGCUGCUGAAAAGGAUUCUAGUCCUACUAGCACUACUGAUGCUGACAGUCCUCGCAGUGCAGUGUGUGGUUCGAAUUCGGACACAUGUGAACCUUCAUCUUCUUUCAAAAUCGAGCUUGGGAGGAAUGAGACUGAGCAAAAGAAUGCUUUGAUAAGAUAUCAAGAUUUGCAGAUGUGGAUGUGCGAAGAAUGCUUUAAUUUGUCAACCUUAUGGGCCAUGACAUAUGGGAAGAAAAGAUGCAUGCCGCUAUUGAGAAUUUGUGAUUUCUGUCUUGAUACACGUAUUUUUGAAGAGGAGCUAUGCCCUUCGUGCCGUCGGUCAUGUGAAACCUUUAAUGAUAACAAAAGUAUUCCAGAACGAAUGAGCGGUUGGGAGGAGAAAAAAGUUGAUAUCAAGAAUUUAAUAGUUUCAGAUUCUUCCCGUCCCUUGAGAAUCCGGUUGCUCAAGGCCCUGUUUACUUUUCUAGAGGUUUCUGUUCCAUCCGAGGCUUUUGAAUCUUCCUGGACAGAAAACUUUAGGAGGACUUGGGGCUUAAAGCUGCACAGUUCAUGGUCCACUGAGGAUCUUCUGCAGAUUUUGACUCAGUUUGAGGGUGUCAUAAAACGUGAUUGUUUAUCAUCAAACUUCGAAACAACAGAGGAAUUGUUGGGAUCCUGUGCUUUAUCAGGAAGAUCUAUGUGUGACUCUGCUCCUCCUGGUUCCGUUCCUCAUCUUCCAUGGAUACCACAAACCACUGCUGCUGUGGCUCUGAGGCUUUUGGAGCUUGAUGCCUCCUUGUCCGAUAUCCUAGAUCAGAAAGAUGAGCCUCAAAAUAAAAAUAAAGUCGAAGAUAUUACAGUUGAGAAGCUUCCUUCAACACACAUGUAUUUGAAGAAUGUCCGAAAGGUUGAACCAACAGAUUUGGACCACGGUGAACACAUAGAAGAAGAGAAGUGGAAUGGCCUGGGUAGCAUACCUGGCAGCUCUAGAUGUAGACAAGUGGUUCGUGGGCGAGGAGGUGGUCGCACUCGUGGGCGAUGGAAGAAAAGAGUUGCUGGUUCCACAUUGGAAUCUGGCAGGCAAAGUGUUAGGGACAACAAGACACUAAGUCAAGUUCUAAUGCAGCAGGUGCAAAGAACAGGUGGACAGAGGCAUGGAAGGGGUCGCCGGACUGUGAGGAGGAGGAGAACAGAGAAGGUCAUUGAGGAGACACAGGGGGGUCAUUUGGUUGAUGAUAAGAGAAGCCCUAAUAGUGCUGAGGAAUCACCAAGAAACUCUGGUGGGCAAGAAUGGAUUGGUGAAGAAAUUGAACAGGUUCAAAUCGAGGAUGAUGGUAAUAGUACUGAAGAAAGUGAUUCCAGCGACAAUAACAAUGCAAUCAACUAUAAGUUUGUGAACUGGGGACCAGGUUUAGAUGUAGCUUCCAAUAGAAGUACAAGGGAUUUAAUGGAGACAAGUGAUGAGCAUACAGAUGGUUCCGAGGAAGAAAAUGAUUAUGAAGAGGAGGAUGGAAAUUUGGCUCAAGAUAUAGAUAUGGAUUAUGUCUCUAAUCAAGCAGGUGAUGGGAAUGACGAUGAAGGCACGGAUUCUGCAGGCUCUGGAGAUUAUAGUGAUUGAAUUCACAAAAAUUUGGACAACAAAAAGAAGGGUGAAACAGUCUAAUCCUUUACUUCCUGUCCUCCUCUUACAUGAGCUUGAGAGUGCUAUAGAUAGAAGGGCUUAUCAUUGGCUCCGGUCCAAUUCGAAACAAGCAUCGAUUGCAGCUGGAGCAGGAUUGAACAGAGCUGUUAUAUUCUUUUGUAGUUCUUUUGGUAUUCUUUUGAGAUGCAACUUCACUAGUUGCUGAUCGUGUAUAAUAAUUAUAGAGCAAUAGAUCUGAGGAAAAAAUAAAUAAAGGUUUUGCUUCUUGGCUUUCCGGUUAAUUGAGAGAAGGGAGGGGGGAGAUAUUUGACGAGCAUAAAUUGGGUAUGCAGUAUCUUGUUUAACACUAUUUGUCAGCCCGAUACAGAAUUAUCAUGAAAUGGGG